AACACUAUAUAUAGCCCUCCAAAUGCAUGCAAAAAUAGCACUUUGGAGUAUGGCUACCAAACCAGGGAUCCUCACUGACUGGCCAUGGAAGCCUCUUGGUAGCUUCAAGUACGUGAUUUUGGCUCCAUGGGUGGUGCAUGGCAUAUACUCAUUCAUGGCAAAGAGAGAAAGUGAUCAGAGAGACCUCCUCGCCUUGCUUCUAUUUCCAUUCCUUUUGGUGAGAAUGCUUCACAAUCAGCUAUGGAUUUCUCUAUCCCGUUACCAAACAGCCAAAGGCAAUAAUAGGAUUGUGGACAAAGGAAUCGAAUUCGAGCAGGUUGAUAGAGAAAGGAACUGGGAUGACCAGAUCUUGUUCAAUGGACUCUUAUUAUACAUAGGCCCUAUGAUUAUUCCUCAGGGUCGUAUCCUACCCUUUUGGAGAAGAGAUGGUGUGGUUAUCUCAAGUCUGCUUCAUGCGGGUCCAGUGGAGUUCCUCUACUACUGGUUUCACAGAGCAUUGCACCACCAUUACCUUUACUCUCGUUACCAUUCCCACCACCAUUCCUCCAUUGCUACUGAACCAAUUACCUGUAAGCUAUUUCAUUUUAUUAUAUAUAUAUAUAUUACCUACAGUUGUUUUUAGACCUAA